CAAGACCGAGACCAAGAUCCAAAAAGUAAACAAAGCCACGUGACAAACAGGUCUUGGGGAGGAGUUACAUUUUUUCCUAUUUUACUGCUGGCGUGCACACCUGGCCCCGCACACCUGUCACGCCUGGCUCUGCUGUACCCGUGGCCACCCGUGCAGCUGUAUAUGAGAGUGCCCCAUGGCUCAAGAAUGGAUUACCCAAGGAUGCUAAGAGAAGUGGAAAUCUGGCAACCUUCAAGAAAGUAAUGGAGACUCACAUUCACUAAAUCCUACGACACUACAGACGUGAGGAUUGAGGACAACUUUUGGUGCUAACAUCAGUGUUAUAUUGUUGAUGGCCCUGUGGAGUGCCGUGUUGGCAUCGGAGCCCAGCCUGAAACCUCAGCAAUGAGAAAGAGAACGGAAGGGAGAGAAGAAGGGAACCAGGAGAUAAACGGUGGGAGAGGAAGAGAAUUAAGAUGAUGAGAAGAGAAAGAAAGAAGAAGUAGAAGUUGAGAGAAGCAACCAAAAAAAAAACAACAAAAAAAAAACCCCUCAACCUGAAACCAAAAUGUGGGGCGAGGACGCGGACGCAGAAAUCACCCAUGCGACCCCAGACGAGGCAGCGACCAUCCCCGAGGUCAAAUACGAGUACCUUGACCACCCUGCAGACGUCCAAAUCCACGCCUGGGGGUCGCGACUACGGGAGGCUUACGAACAGGCCGCCAUGGGAAUGUUCGGGUAUAUGACGGAUUUGGAAACGGUGGAUAUCGAGGAGGUGCGUGAGGUGGAGGCCGAGGCGGAAGAUCUUGAGGGUCUCCUGUUCCACUUUCUUGACGAGUGUUUGUUUGUGUUUUCGUGUGAGCCGUUCUUCGUCGCUCGGAAGGUGGAGAUUACGGAGUGGGUGGCAGAUGGUGAAGAGGAGGUGGAAGAAGGUAAAGGAGAGGUAGAGGAAGGGAAAGGAGGAGAAAAGAGUGAGGAUUCUAAAGGAGAGGAAGGGAAAGAAAGUAAGGAAAAGGAAGGGAAGGAAGAAAAAGUAGAUAAAAGUGAAGAAAAGGAAGAAAAGCAAGAAAAAUCAGCAGAGAGAGGGAAAGAAGGAGAGGAAAGGAAGGAAGGGAAAGGAGAGAAAGAAGAAAGAAAAGAUGAGGAAGAAGGGAAAGGAGAGAAAGAAGAAAGAAAAGACGAGGAAGAAGGAAAAGACAUAGAAAAAACAAAGAAAGGGAAAGGAGAGAAAGAGGAACCGAUGGAAGAAGAAGAAGGAGACAACGAAGAAGGAAGAGGAGGAGGUGACACAGACCGCGGAGGGACCGGAGGCGAGGGAACAAGUGGAGCUGAAGGGCAUGGUGGUUACGGAGGCACCGAUAGUGGAAGCCGAGUGUACAGAAUCCGCGCCAAGCUCUUCGGGGAGGAAUUCCAACUCGGCAAACACCCCCAAGGAACAGAGGUCAAAGCCAUUACGUACGCCAGCAUGCAGGUCUAUAGCAAGCCCGGCCAGCAUGAGGUGUUUGUGAUUAUUGACAUUUGAAGGGACGGAUGAAAACAAGCCUCCAGUUUUGCAGCUCCUUAGAAGUGAAAAAUAUUAGGAAUUAGUUGAUCAAAAUUGUUUACAGAGAGAGAAAGCUUGAAGUGUUUGUGAUUAUUGACAUUUGAAGACAGAUGAAAACAGCCUCCAGUUUUGCAGCUCCUUAGAAGUGAAAAAUAUUAGGAAUUAGUUGAUCAAAAUUGUUUACAGAGAGAGAAAGCUUGAAGUGUUUGUGAUUGUUGAUAUUUGAAGGGACGGAUGAAAACAGGCCUCCAGUGUUGCAAAUCCUUAGAAGUGAAAAAUGUUAAGGAAUUAAUUGUUCAAAAUUCCUUAGAGAGAGAGAGAGAGAGAGAGAGAGAGAUACUGAUACUCUCCUCUUAAAAGGCCUUACUAAUAUAUAGGAAAGAUUUCUAUGUGAACGAUAAAAAGUACAUAUUUGUUGAUUCAGGAAAAUAUCUGUGUCGAGAAGUAUAGAUAUUUUGUUGAUUGAAGUAGAAAAUUGUUUUGAUAAGUAAAAGUUUGUAUUGAUUGAAGUGAAAAUUUGUGUUAAGUAAAAUGUUUGCCUUGUUUUGAAUAGAGAUUUGUGUUGAGUGAAGUGAAAAGUGCGAUGCCAGAUUUUAAGGAAAGGAAAAUGUAUGUAGGAGUGUGGUCAAAUAAGUGUUAACCCAGUAGCAGUGACGGGCCAAAUUUGUGGCUUUACCGUGUAGCAGCGACGGGUCAAAUUUGUGGCUUUACCGUGUAGCAGCGACGGGCCAAAUUUGUGGCUUUACCGUGUAGCAGCGACGGGCCAAAUUUGUGGCUUUACCGUGUAGCAAUGACGGGCCAAAUUUGUGGCUUUACCGUGUAGCAGUGACGGGCCAAAUUUGUGGCUUUACCGUGUAGCAGCGACGGGCCAAAUUUGUGGCUUUACCGUGUACCAGCGACGGGCCAAAUUUGUGGCUUUACCGUGUAGCAGUGACGGGCCAGAUUUGUGGCUUUACCGUGUAGCAGUGACGGGCCAGAUUUGUGGCUUUACCGUGUAGCAGUGACGGGCCAAAUUUGUGGCUUUAUCGUGUACCAGCGACGGGCCAAAUUUGUGCCAUGAUAUAAACCCCAAAAAUAGAUGAUGCAUAAACUUAUCAUAAAUGCGUUGAUAUAUAUUAUGAAAUGGUUUGUGUGAGUGAUGAUUUUUUCUCAUUAUUCUCGCUUAGAGGGAAGGACCUUUAAGAAACAUGAUCCCCGCUGCUACCGGGUUAAGUGUUAAGUGACCGUUAGGUUUCUCACGGUGAGGAAGCUAACGGUUACUGCGGCUUCUCACUUAACACUUAACACUUAUUUGCCCACACUUUCGACUCCUACAUACAUUUUCCUU